AUGGAGAUCAUGAUGAUUGUUAAUAAUGAUGAUCAUAAUGGUGCUGAUGAUGGUAAUCAUGAUGAUCAUGAUGAUGACUAUGAUGGUGAUUAUGAUGGUCCUCAUUAUGGUUAUCAUAACAACCAUCAUGAACAUCGAGACCACCAUCAUGAUCAUCAUGAUCACUAUAAUGAUCAUCAUGAUCAUUAUCAUGUUUACCAUCAUAAUCACCAUAAUGAUCAUUAUGAUGAUCGAGAUGUUAAUCAUGACGAACAUGAUGGUAAUCAUGAUGAUCAUAAUGGUGAUCAUAAUAAUAAUGGUUGUGAUCAUCAUCACGAUUAUCACGAUAUCCAUCAUUAUCACUAUCAUGAUUAUCAUGAUCACCAUUAUGAUUAUUACGUCCAAAAUUGGUAUGAAAUUAUUUCAGUUUUGUGA